AUGACUUCUGCUGAUAAAUUUCCUCCUUCUCGCUCUGCGACAGCUGCAUUUCGCGCAAUUACUGUCACCACGGCGCAGCAAUUCGCAUUACUGUCACAGCCUUCGUCUCCCGCUAACUCCGCUUCCUCGUCCCCCGCACGCGGCAACGCGGCCGGACGUUCGGCAGGCGCUUCGCACGUACCGCCUCCGCCCUCUCGCUUUGAGUCGGAGGCACCAUUGACGGCGAGCGAUUGCGUCGCGCAACAGGAAAAAAACGCAUCCGCUGUCAACGACGCUGCCAGCGACGCGCCGCGCCAAAGCGCGCAACUAGAGCCGCCGUCAACGGAGCCCGCAAGCCACGGGCUGUCGCUGCAUCAACUGCAGCAUCUCGUCGCUCUCACCGCCACCAACGACAGCCCGCGCGACACGAGCAGCCCUUCUGCCUUCCCAUACGCCAGGUCUGAGUCGUCGCGCGACGUCGCUCGGGAUCGCAGAAGCAGCAGGCUCUCGCUGGACUCGGCCCAGCGGCGACUCGACUCGUGGAAUCGCGUGAGCAAGCCCCUCGCUCACUACAGCCACGAUAGCAUCGGCGCGCAGCACCGGCGGCUUAAGCGCAGCGGAAGCGAGCCCGCGCUAGCAACGCGGGGGUUUGAUGGUGAAUCAGAUGGCGGAAGCGCAAGGUUAUUGCGACCGCUGGAUGCGCUCGUUUCAGAGGCGCGGCAGCGAGUGUCCCGUCACUCGCUCCGCCGCUCCCGGAGCGCGCACGCGCUGGGCGAAAAGGACAGGGACGCGCUCUGGAACGACGCCAUGAAUGCGCUUUUCUGGCGGCGAGGCGGCGCGGUCAUCUACAGACGGCCGGAAGGCGCGACGCCGUCAUCACCGCAGACAGCGGGCCCUGCGAACAAGUGCGACUGUCGCGGGUGCGGCAGCAGGCGGCAGAUUUCGCUGACUAAAUUCUAUGAAGAUUGUUUCCUCCUGUCGCCUCACCUCGUGCUCAGUCUAAUUCGUUGCAGAUUUUCCAGCUUCCCCGUCUGCCGCCUUUCGUGGAAAAUGAUGCGUAUCGCCUCUCGCCAGUUUCUCUCCGCGGGAAAGUCGCUUAAAGCGGCAACUCCCGCAGAACUCGCCGUACUUGGCGGCACAGGACGCGAGCGGGGUCUCGCGGCGUCCGCGGCCAGUGAUACCAGCCGUCCGAUCGUGGCGAGCCUUCCAGAUCUGCCGUACGAUUAUGGCGCGCUGGAGCCGGUGGUGAGCGGCGAGAUCAUGCAGUUACAUCACGCGAAGCACCAUGCUGCUUACGUGGCGGGUUACAACAAGGCCGUGGAACAGUUGGACGCGGCGCGGGGGAAAGGCGACACGGAGACGGUGGUGUCGCUCCAACGAGCGAUUAACUUUAACGGCGGAGGUCACGUGAAUCACAGCAUUUUCUGGAAGAACCUCGCUCCCAUCAGCGAGGGAGGGGGAGCACCACCGGAAGGCCCCCUAGCAGCAGCCAUUGACGCCGAGUUUGGGUCGCUGGACGCCCUUGUGUCCAAGUUCAACGCUGCUGGCGCUGGCGUGCAGGGGUCCGGCUGGGUGUGGUUGGGUCUCAAUGACCGGAAGAAGCUUGCAAUUGUGACGACAGCCAAUCAGGACGCGUGUGUGACUACAGGCCACGUGCCUCUACUGGGCGUUGACGUCUGGGAGCAUGCCUACUACCUUCAGUACAAAAAUGUUCGUCCUGACUACCUGAAGAACAUCUGGAAGAUCAUCAACUGGAAGGAUGUGGCUUCUCGCUAUGCAGCUGCUACUUGA